AUGUUCGUGACACCAGUACUCGUUGCUCGUAAUGUCUUGGAUCCCUCAAUAUAUGGUUCAAAUCGUGGAAGCCGGGCCCGCAUAGAUCUUGAAGCUAGACAGUCGGUGUCAUCAACAGAUACCUCCUACAGCAAUUUGCAUCGAGCAUCCUCAACGAGUUCCACCAUUUCGACCUCAACGGUCGCCUCAUCCGUAGGAUCGAUCAACCUCAACGAGAGGCCGAAGCAUCGCAAACACUUCUCUAGCAGCUCCUUCGGUAUCUCUAGGCGGUUCCUCAAAAAGUCCAGACCCCAAAGUCAAAGCGAGCAGGCACCAACGUCUGCGCCAUUGGCUAUCUCCUCUCCAAUCAUUCCUCCUCAGCCUGUGGCAGAUCCUCUACCCGAGCCCAAAUCGACUGUAGAGUGGCAAUGUUCGGAUCUCAUGGUGCGAUGCAGGAGCGAUGUCUACCAUGUUGAUCGUUCUAUCAUGAGCUACCACUCGCGAUGGUUUGCCAAAGUGUGCGCGGUAGUCAUCACCCCUAAAACGUCGAAAGGCGUCAUCGAUCUCAGCGCAGAUGAUCCCAGCGCUGUGGCUGCCAUGAUGCAAUAUUGCUACCAGCUUGACUACAGUGACCAAUUAGCGGGCUGCGACACUGCAGUACCUGAGGAUACCACUCUUUGCUCUCACGUGGAUGUCUACAUGCUUGCAGAGCGCUACGGUAUCGUUGGUCUGAGGCGGUUAGCUCUCCAAAAGUAUGAGGAUCUUGCCACCAUGGUCUUGAUGGUUGAUGGAAACGAAGAGCAACUCCAGCAGGCAAUACGUGCCAUGUACGCGUCAGAGCGACUGGCCGAUGCCGAUGAGCUCAAGCAGUUGUCGGUUAAGCUUUGCGCAGACCACGUGCAGUCCUUUAUUCAUGGAACUGGAAAGACCAUGGCAAUGGUGUUUGAGUCAAUGGAUGAGCUGCCGGAUUUCAGAGCAGAUCUGUUCGAAGAGAUGGCCCGACGAUGGAGGUGA